CUUGGCGCACUUCACACACACAAACACACACACGCGCUUCUUCAAAGUAACAAGAAACUGACGUCGUAACAUCUGACGUUCACAUUUGGAUAAAACUGUUGCGUGUUUUUCUGCACGCUUUCCUGGCCCAUUUGAUUCACCGCGAUUGUUUAACUGCCUGGACAUUAAUGGAAGACUGGUCAUUUCACAAUGAGCGGAAGGUGACCUGCAAGCAUCCUGUCUCAAGCUUACCCUCACAAGACAACUGCAUCUUUGUCGUCAACGAACAGUCUGCCUCCAAAGUGCCAGCGAAUGAGAAGAAGGAACGGCCACUAAGCACCAUGAGUGAGGCAUCCAACUACACAGGCGUCUCGGACUAUGCCGUUAACCCCAGUAGCCCAGCAGGAAGACCCUCAAGACCUUCUAAAAAAAUUCAUAACUUUGGAAAGAGAUCCAACUCCAUCAGGAGGAAUCCCAGUGCCCCAGUAAUCAAGAGAAACUGGCUUUAUAAACAGGACAGUACAGGGAUGAAGCUGUGGAAAAAGAGGUGGUUUGUGCUGUCUGACCUGUGCCUCUUUUACUACAGAGAUGAAAAAGAGGAGGGCAUACUUGGCAGCAUCCUCCUACCAAGCUUUCAUAUAUCCAUGCUGUCUGUGGAAGAUCACAUUAACAGAAAAUAUGCCUUCAAGGCGACACAUCCCAACAUGCGGACAUACUAUUUUUGCACUGAUACAGCCAAAGAGAUGGAGUCUUGGAUGAAAGUAAUGACUGAUGCUGCACUUGUGCAUGCAGAGCCAGUCAAAAGGUUGGACAGGCUAAAAGUGGAGCAGUGUGGACCACAAGAGAUCAAUCAUGUGGCCAACCACAGGGCGGCACUCACACAGCCUGAAAUCAAGAAUAAUGAACGCAACCGUGAGGUGGACCGUGAGCGCACCGCAGCAGUCACUGUCACCACAGCAGAAGAAGAGAGGAAGCAGCGAGAUGCAGAGCGCUACGGCUUCCACAAGGAUGGGGCGGAGCGCGAGCGUCCACUCACCAAGAUCAACAGUAUCAAACUGCAGCCAGCCGAGGCAGCAGCCGUCAAGGCUAACAUCACCUCACCGCAGACUCCGACAGAAAUAGACAGGCCACACCACAGCCCCCAGGUCAACGGAUCUGGCGAGCAGUGUCCACCUAAUGGGACUGGAGCCCCUCCUCAGCAAAGUCCUAGUCAUGAGCCAGACCGCACCUUGAGUAGGACCACCUCUAUGCAGCAACUGGAGCAGUGGGUCCGCACACAAAGGGGACGCAACCAGGACGAUGACACCAGGAGCAUCACAUCAUACCAGACACUGCCUAGAAACAUGCCAAGCCAUCGGGUACCCUAUAUGCCUCCCUAUGGCGAUGGCUACUGCAGUAUGCCCAGGAAUAGCAUGGCACAGCGGGACAGCAUCUGCAGCAUGUCGCCAUCAUUGUACGACCAGGCCCUGGGUCCCCUACCGGCUGACAAGCGCCGCUCCAUGCGCGAUGACACCAUGUGGCAGUUAUUUGAGUGGCAGCAAAGGCAGGCCUACAGCAGGCCACCGGGGCUCUACAGCAAUAUGGCUAGUCCCAAAACCAUGAUCAACCUAUCAGAACAUGCAGCACCAAGCCACUCCAUCCCCCCCUCGCCCUCCCACGGCUCCCUGUCCAUGUAUGGUGGCUACUCUCCAAUGCGAUCCUACAACUUAAAUAAUGCUUGUUCAGAGGUAUCCUCUCCCAUCUACAGACGAGACCUGAGCAUUGACAGACGGCACAGGCCACAACUCAACAAGUAUGCCUACCCACCUGAUAGGAGGUCUAUGCCCGCAGGGAUCCCAGUUCAGACAAUCACUGCCCAGUCUCUUCAAGGCAAAACAUUGAGUCCAGAAGACUACAGGGAACAUACCUAUACAUGUAUGCCAGAAGAGGUGGACAUUGAUACCAAACUUAGCAGGUUGUGUGAGCAGGACAAAGUGGUGAGGACACAGGAGGACAAACUUCAGCAGCUGUACAGAGAGAAGCACACUCUGGAGACAGCACUGCUGUCAGCCAGCCAGGAGAUAGAGAUGGGCUCUGAUAACCCUGCUGCCAUGCAGAGUGUCAUCCAGCAGAGUGACUUACUGCAGAGCGGCCUGCUCAGCACCUGUAGAGAGCUUUCCAGAGUCACAGCCGAGUUGGAGCGGUCGUGGAGGGAGUAUGACAGGUUGGAAGGAGAUGUGACUCUGGCUAAGAACAACUUGCUAGAGCAGCUUGAAGCACUGGGAAGCCCUCAGACGGAGCCUCCCAGCCAGCAGCACGUCCGCAUCCAGAAAGAACUUUGGAGGAUUCAAGAUGUGAUGGAGGCUCUCAAUAAACAUAAAGCUCAGAGAAAUGUUGUUGAUGGUAUGAACUUCUAUGGACCCAAGACCAACUUCAGCAAGCACAAAAAUGAGGAGGAGGACUCGGCACCCCCACGGCCACCUCUACCCCAGUCCUAUGAGCCCAACCCCCCCACCGUGCCCCCUAUGCCCUCUCAUGCUGGUGUGCGCCCUUCAUCACUCCACAGGCCGGAGGACAGGAAGGCCAGUCACAGGAAUGCCACACACAGCGGCCCAGACUACAGACUGUAUAAGAGUGAACCAGAGCUCACUACAGUGACUGAAGUAGAUGAGAGCAAUGGAGAGGACAGAUCUGAACACCCGUCUGAUAGAGAACAUACUGGAAACAAAGGGAUGUCCUACCCAGUUGGCAUUGUCCCUCCCAGGACCAAAUCUCCAGUGCCUGAGUCGUCCUCCAUAGCUUCAUAUGUUACCUUAAGGAAGAGCAAGAAGCCUGACCCCAGGAUGGAGCGUCCACGCAGCGCAAUGGAGCAGCAGCUGUGUGCUGUGGAGAGCAGCCGGCCCAGGAUGAGUGUGGAGGAGCAGCUGGAGAGGAUCCGCCGCCACCAGCAGGGUGCCCUCAAGGAGAAAAAGAAAGGCCACAGCAUCCGGGGUGGUAGCCAGGAGAACACUCCUUCUCGCAGUCACUCAUUUACUAAAGACAACCAUUUUCGCAGCAUGCAGUCCCAAAUGAGGCGCAGAGAUGAUGUGAUAAGCUGUGACAUUCAGGAGCUGGAGGCCUCGCUCAGGCAGCAGGAGGUGGUGAGGGACCAAGAGACGCCUGCUGAGGAGAUUGCCCGUCUCAAAGAAGCCUCGCAGGCUGACCACUUAAAUGUGGACCGAGAGCUUUCUGUGCCUGACAAAGUUCUGAUUCCUGAGCGUUAUGUGGAGACAGACCCAGAGGAAGCUCUGAGCCCUGAGCAAGAGGCUGAGAAGCAGAGGAAAGUUGAUCGCAUUAAAGCCCUCAUUGCUAAAAACAGCAUGCAGAAUGUGCUGCCUGGUAUGACUCUAAGCCCAGAGGAGGAGGUUGAAGAGGAGGUUACCGUACAGGAGAAAGAGAAGAUGAUUAAUAUCUCCUACGAACUGGCAGCAGAGGCCUCCAAACGCAGCAAGCUGGUUGCAGUGAAAAGCCUGUCGUCCUCUUCCCCACCCCUUCCACAGUCUCCUAACACACCCCCUCAACUCACUGAUGGGUCUCACUUCAUGUGUGUGUAGUAGCACCACACAGGCUCUGGCCUCAGUGAAAACCUACACAUGAAGAAAACAGCUGUGGAGAUAUGAAGAUGCCCCUGAGGACAUCAGCACAAGGCCACGGCCUACAGAGAGUGAAACUGCCUACUCCGUACUAUGGGGUCUUCUCUCUGACAUCUGUAUGCCCACUGUGACGUCUUAAGCUCCUUUUACACCAACACUUUCUGUGUGACAUUUCUCUGUUAUUGCCACAUUAUCCUAAAACUGGCGAGACAGUUCAAUUUUCAGUUUUUACAAAGCUUUUAUGGUUAUUUAUAUGGUUUUAUUAGGUUCUUGUUUGAACAUGGGCGUCCAUUCAUGUUUCACAAGUCCAAAAAGGUUUUUAAGGUUUUCAGAAUUUCGGGUUGGCUUAAGUCUUUCAUAAUUCACCCAUUUUGUUUUAGCUAACCAUUCAUAUUUAUCAAUUUAUUGUAAAGAACAUUUGUCGAUGCAAAAGGGAUGUAAAUCCCUCCAUUAUAAUAUAAAAAUGAAGGGGCCACUUCAUUGCUGCAAAGAUCAUUUGUAAUUGCUCCUGUUUCUGGUUUGUAAUUAUUUAAAAAUGGGAUCUUCUGCAGUCCCUGUCGCAUUGUUGCCGACAUAUGUGAAUGUUUUCGCUUAAGUUCCUCUAUAUACUGUCUUUUUUUUUAUUGCUGAGAGAUAUAUUUAAACUGAGAGAAGGAAUAAAAAUCUGAGUUUGGUUCUAUUUUAGUUCUAUGUUGGUUUGAAGUCUUGGAACUAAAAAAAAAAAAAAGAUUAGCACAUGUAAAAAGCAAUAAGAAUAAAAUGUUUGUGGAUCCAGGAUUAUUUUUUGUGCGUGUACAAAGUGUAAUUAUCAGAGGUUUACUGUGUAUAUAAUGUACAUGGUACAGCAGGAUGGGAGGAUGUAUCCAACAUGUGGUUACAUACUAAGUUGGAUUUGCAAAUAUUCAUAUUCCAUCUGUUUUAUAUCAUGUUAAAUAAAUGUUGCUGUUCUUAA